GAGCCAGCAGGUGAGGGUACGCCUCUAUCUACUAGACUUGUUCAGACAUUCUUGCACUCAGUGAUUACAGGCUGAGGGAAACAUGUCUGCUCCCUGUACCUUGCACCUGGCUGUUCUGGGACUCUUGUUUGUUUCAGCGCACCCCAUGAAAGUCUACACGUCCAAAGAAUUAGAAGCUUUGAAUGGCACAGACGUCCGUCUGAAGUGCACGUUCAGCUCGGAGUCACCACUUGGGGAAGGUAUCACGGUGUCCUGGCAAUAUCGACACCUCCAAGAAGAGAAAACUGAGAAUGUGUUCUAUUAUCACAGGGAACCAUAUCCUCCACCUCCGGGUCGAUUUAAGAGCCGUGCUUUCUGGGAUGGGAACCUGAACCGUGGUGAUGCCUCUAUAAUGCUAAGAAAUGUUCAAGAAAUGGACAAUGGAACUUACCUAUGUCAAGUCAAGAACCCACCAGAUGUGCAUGGACAGAUGGGCGAGAUCAUGCUCAGAGUGGUCAACAAAGCAAAGUUCUCAGAAAUUCAUAUUUUAAUGCUGAUAAUUGGCGUUGGCAGUGCCUUUAUAAUCUUGUUGGUCUUGGCUAUAGUUCUGUUCCGGUACUAUAGGAAUCGAAAUGAAAGGAGCACUCCUGUCUCUAAUCUGGAAUGUACGGAGAAGUUAACUGAGAAACCACAAGACCCAACUGAAGUCAUCUCAUAACAACCGGAGGAGACACUUCAGAUGGUCAGGACUCCUCAGUCUUUUCAGAGGCCGUGGAUCUUUCCUUCAGCCUGCCUUACAUUGUGAUGUCCAGAGAAAGGACCUAUUAGAUGGAUUGGAGAACAUGGUCUAAAGAUAUGUGUUUUGUAUGUGUUUUAUUUGUUUUAUUCAGUAUAACAAACCAGUAGCACUGCCAGAUACUUUAUGAACCCUUAUCUAGAGGUUCCAUACUCCAUUAGUGUUAUUUUAAGAUACUGAAUCGAUUCUACUUCCUAUUUGUAGUUAUUUCAGGAGUAAUGCUGUUACUGUACUGCCUGCUCCAUAGCAAAGACAAGAGACCUGCAGUUUUUCUGGUGCAAACGUUAUUUGUAAAUAUGUAUUUGGAUCCAAUCUUGAAGACUGAAAGUGUGUGUGUGUGUUUUUUGUUUUUUUUUAAUGUCUUUCCAUUUUGUAUUAAAAAUUGUGUUGUAGAAACUGUAAAAUGAUUUUUAUUGUAAAUAAAAGAUUUAUUCUACUUUUA